AAUGCAAUUGAUUCCUGUUAAUUAUACAAAGAACACACAGACCUCACAAUCUCAUUCUAUGCUUUAUAUCACUCUGUCGCGAAUGCUUAACGAUGCAAGACUAGCAAGGAGUUGAUAAAGACACAGGUUACGGAGCAACUCCAACUCCAGGCGACCCAUUUCCGUUCCCGUACUUGUGUCCGUAACCGUCCUCCCUCAACCGACAUAAAUACAAUCAGUAGCCGCGGUCGUGUCGGUUUACCGUGUCGCGUGACAUCUCACACUCACAGCAUCCGUGGGUUUCGUAAGAGUCAUACAAACAGGGAAAAAAAUACAGAAACGCAAGAAGCAAGGCAGUCGUAGGUUGCAUAGGAAUCUCAGCCAACCCAACCCACAACAAACAACGAUUCAAUUCACACUUCUCAUACACUCGUAGCCCACAUACACACAAAAAGGCACCAAAACCCACAAAGAAUCUGUGUUUUUUAGGCUGUCAAGGCUAAUGUCCGACUUGGUGGCUCGCACCGGCCGCCACCAGCAGCGCUACGAGGCCGGCCACCGCCUUGUCGCCGGGUGUAUUCCUUUCAAAUAUAGAAAUACUGGAGAAAAUAGUGAUGGCACAUAUGAGAAGGUUGUUGAGGUACUAAUGAUCAGCACAACUAGUGGACCUGGGCUUGUGUUUCCAAAGGGUGGAUGGGAAAAUGAUGAAACCGUUCAGGAAGCAGCAAUACGUGAAGCUGUGGAAGAGGCUGGAGUACAAGGGGAUAUAAUGGAUUGUUUGGGGCACUAUUUUUUUAAGAGCAAGACCCUGCAAGAUGAACUUAGUCCCGAGGGAUUGUGCAAAGCUGCCAUGUUUCCUUUGCUUGUGAAGGAAGAGCUCGAGUUUUGGCCAGAACAAAACAAUCGUCGGCGAAGUUGGCAUUCCAUCCCUGAAGCUAUAGAACUUUGCCGGCAUCAAUGGAUGAAAGCGGCCCUUGAGGAAGGUUUCUCAAGGUGGUUUGCGGAACAGAUGAUAAGCACUCAAAAAGAGAACCACUUCAUUUCACCUGAUUCAUCUGCAGACCAGGAAUAAUUACAUGACUGGAACUAAUUUCAGCGCAUUUUCCUUUCGUUUUUGGGGUUCAUAACAUUGCAGGCCCAUUCCAGAGCUUUGCCCAUCCAACUUAGAGAAACAUUCAGAGGAGCUAUUGUUGUGAAUAUCGUGUUUAAUGAAAGAAAAAAAA